AUGGCAGACCCAAACCGUGCUGAGGCCAUUGAAGACGAAAAGGUCAAGCCAGCCGACCCCUUGGCUGAAGUCAACGAGCCCAAAAGUUCAGAGCCUGCUAGCCCUAUCUCACUGGUGGGAGAAGAUUCGGAGGACGCAGAAGAUGAGAUCAGACGGCAGGCGGAGCAUCCGCAGAAGCGCGCAGAACGGGAGGAGAUCAAGCGUACACAGAGCCACGCCACAGAUGCGAGCGUGCUAUCGCGGACAACUACCGGAACUUCAGCGCCCCCAAAAUCAAAGCCAUGGUACAAGCAACCCAAUCCGCUAAGAUGGGGUAAGAUUCCACCGAUACCAAAGGAGCGUGGGGAGUCCAGAGAGCACAAUGCCGGGUUCUGGAGCAGACUGACUUUCCAAUGGAUGGCGCCGCUUAUGGACGUGGGCUACAAACGUCAGCUAGAUAUGAAAGAUAUAUGGAAAAUAAACCCAAACAGGUCUGCGGAUGUGCUUACCAACAGACUCAGACAGUCUUUCGACAGGAAGGUGAAAGAAGGAGGGAAGUACCCACUGCUGUGGGCGCUUCAUGAGACCUUCUUCUGGGAAUUCUGGAUCGGCGGCAUGUGCCAGUUCGGUGCAUCCAUCAUGCAGGUAUUGUCACCAUUCACCUUGCGUUAUCUGAUCCAGUUCGCCACAGACGCAUGGAAUGCACAGCAACGGGGAGAGCCUACACCGCACAUUGGUGCCGGAAUGGGACUAGUUAUCGGCGUGACUAUAAUGCAAGUUUGCCAAAGUUUGGGAAUGAACCACUUCAUCUACCGGGGUAUGAUGAUUGGUGGCCAAGUCCGAGCUGUUCUCAUUAGCGUCGUCUUCGAAAAGUCCAUGGUCAUCUCCGGGCGCGCGAGAGCUGGAACCGACAAACCGAAAGACAACGCCAAUGAAGACAAUGUGGACGAGAAAGAUAAGAGUGGAAAGCCCAAAUCCAAGCCUAAGAAAGACAAGAAAGGUAAGGGACAGCCGCAGAGUGAUGGCACUGGGUGGAGUAACGGAAAAAUUGUCAACUUAAUGAGCGUGGACACCUACCGUAUCGACCAAGCCUCGGGGUUGUUCCACUUGAUCUGGAACGCCCCAAUCAUUUGUCUGAUUACGCUCGUCCUUCUUUUGAUCAACCUGACGUAUAGUGCGCUGGCUGGUUUCGCGCUGUUGGUUAUUGGUAUUCCCCUGCUCACUCGGGCUAUCAGGAGUUUGUUCAAGCGGCGUUCCGGCAUCAACAAGAUUACUGAUCAACGUGUCAGUUUGACACAGGAAAUCUUGUCCUCGGUCCGCUUUGUCAAGUACUUUGGUUGGGAGAGUGCAUUUCUGGGAAGACUAAAGGAUAUCCGUCAACGGGAAAUCCACGCCAUUCAGAUUCUCCUCGCCAUCCGUAACGCUAUCAACGCCGUCAGUAUGUCGUUGCCCAUUUACGCCUCCAUGUUGUCGUUCAUCACCUACUCCUUGUCGAACCACGGCCUCGCACCAGCCGAGGUCUUUUCCUCGCUUGCUUUGUUCAACGGUCUUCGAAUGCCGCUCAACCUUCUACCGCUGGUUAUUGGCCAGGUGGUAGAUGCGUGGGAGUCGCUGAGACGAACCCAAGAGUUCUUGAUGUCCGAGGAACAGGAAGACGAGGCGGUACACAAGGCCGAUGCCGUAAAUGCUGUUGAGGUGGUUAAUGCCAGCUUCACUUGGGAACGAACACCAACGCAAGAUCCUGACAAGACAGUUACCGGCAAAGAGGGCGACAAGAAAGGAGCAGUGAAGCAGGAAACCCCAGGCUCCGACGAUACGAGCACCCUGGUGGAGGAACGUGAACCUUUCAAGAUCCAAGACUUGAAUUUUGAAAUCGGGAGAAAUGAGCUUGUGGCCGUGAUUGGUUCCGUUGGAAGUGGUAAAACUUCCCUCCUGGCUGCACUCGCUGGUGAUAUGCGAAGAACUUCUGGUGAGGUCGUUCUUGGUGCGUCAAGAGCUUUCUGUCCGCAGUACGCAUGGAUUCAGAAUGCUACCCUCAGGGACAACAUUACCUUUGGCAAAGACCUGGAUCGUGACUGGUACAACGAAGUCAUUAAUGCUUGCGCCUUACAGCCUGAUCUUAACAUGCUGCCCGAUGGCGAUGCGACGGAAAUCGGAGAAAGGGGUAUCACGAUUUCUGGAGGACAGAAGCAGCGACUCAAUAUUGCCCGGGCUAUUUACUUCGAUUCCGAUAUCGUGAUUAUGGAUGAUCCUCUCAGCGCUGUUGACGCUCACGUUGGUCGACAUAUCUUUGAUAAUGCCAUCUUAGGUCUUCUGAAGGAUAAGUGCCGUAUUUUGGCGACGCACCAGCUUUGGGUACUGAACCGUUGUGACCGCAUCAUUUGGAUGGAAGGUGGCAAGAUCCAGGCCAUCGACACAUUCCAGAACCUCAUGGCCGACCACGCCGGCUUCCAGCACCUGAUGGAGACGACCGCUGUGGAGGAGAAGAAAGAGGAUGGAGACGAAGAGGCUGUGACUGAAGAUAAGACUGCGGCGCUCAAGAAGGAUAAAAAGAAGAAAAAGUCUCCCGGAUUGAUGCAGGCCGAAGAACGUGCCGUGUCCAGUGUACCAUGGUCGGUCUAUGGUCAAUACAUCAAAGCUACAGGAACCGUCCUCAGCGCCCCCCUCGUCUUCCUGGCUCUUGUCCUUUCUCAAGGAGCCAAUAUCUCGACCAGUCUGUGGCUUUCGUGGUGGACUUCCAACAAGUUCGGUUACUCUAUGGGCGUGUAUAUUGGAGUUUACGCAGGUCUCGGAACUGUCCAGGCCCUUCUAAUGUUCGCCUUCUCGAUCUUGCUGACCAUCUUUGGUACCACUGCCAGUAAGACGUUGCUCCGACAAGCAGUUACCAGGACUCUUAGAGCGCCCAUGUCUUUCUUCGAUACCACCCCUUUGGGUCGUAUUACGAAUCGAUUCUCGAGAGAUGUGGAUGUUAUGGACAACAACCUGACUGAUGCCAUGAGGAUGUACUUCCUCACGAUGGCAAUGAUCAUCUCCGUCUUCGCCUUGAUCAUCGCCUUCUUCUAUUACUUUGUCAUUGCGCUCGUUCCGCUAAUCGUUUUGUUCAUCUUGGCUACCGCAUAUUACCGCUCUUCUGCUCGUGAGGUAAAGCGUUUUGAAUCCGUUCUGCGCUCUACCGUCUUCGCCAAGUUCGGCGAGGGUCUCAGUGGUGUGGCCACGAUCCGUGCAUACGGGCUGAAGCAGCGCUUCACAAAUGACUUACGGAAUGCGAUUGAUGAGAUGAACUCGGCAUACUUCUUGACAUACUCGAAUCAGAGGUGGUUGUCCAUGCGCCUUGAUCUCAUCGGUAACCUACUCGUUUUCACAACUGGUGUUCUAGUCGUCACAUCCCGGUUCUCAGUCAAUCCUUCCAUUGGCGGUCUCGUGCUUUCGUAUAUUCUGGGUAUUGUCCAAAUGCUGCAGUUCACGGUCCGGCAGUUGGCCGAGGUGGAAAAUGGCAUGAACGCCGUAGAGCGUCUGAUUCAUUAUGGCACGAAGCUGGAGGAGGAGGCUCCGGAGCAUACGAUCGAGGUCCGGCCAUCGUGGCCGGAGAGGGGAGAGAUUAUCUUUGACAACGUCGAAAUGAGGUACCGAGCCAACUUGCCCUUGGUACUCAAGGGCAUGACCAUGCACGUUCGCGGAGGUGAGCGUAUCGGUAUCGUCGGACGAACGGGCGCCGGCAAAUCGUCUAUCAUGUCGACACUCUUCCGGCUUGUCGAGCUCUCGGGCGGACAUAUCAUGAUCGACGGUCUUGAUAUCUCGACCAUCGGCCUGCACGACCUUCGUUCCCGCUUGGCCAUCAUCCCGCAAGACCCGACACUUUUCAGGGGAACCAUACGCUCAAACCUCGACCCCUUCUCCGAACACGCCGAUCUGGAUCUGUGGUCUGCCCUGCGUCAAGCCGACUUGGUACCCCACGAUGCAUCCAUCGACGACAAGGAUCCAUCACGCGUCAACCUCGACACCACCGUUGAGGAAGAUGGCCUGAACUUCUCUCUGGGUCAACGCCAGUUGAUGGCGCUUGCCCGUGCUUUAGUUCGUGGUAGCCAGAUCAUUGUGUGCGACGAGGCUACGUCGAGUGUCGACAUGGAGACAGACGACAAGAUUCAAAACACCAUUGCCACAGGAUUCCGUGGCAAGACGCUGCUGUGCAUUGCGCAUCGACUUCGCACCAUCGUUGGAUACGACCGCAUUUGCGUUAUGGAUGCAGGACGUAUUGCCGAGCUCGACAGUCCCGCCGAGCUAUGGAGGCAGGGCGGUAUCUUCAGGAGUAUGUGUGACCGGAGUGGAAUCCGCAUCGAGGACAUCGUGGGUGCCAGGGAUGCGCUGAGUAGCGGUAUUACCACCGGUAGCAGCGACGAGGGCGAGGCUGAGUCCAGUGAUGUGCAAGGGAAAGAAAAGUUGUGA